AGGGAGUCCCUAAACACUGCUAGUGUCUGCUGUUAGUCAUUCAUAUGAUGGGCACCCUUGUGAGAUUCACUAAUUAGAACUGAGAUAAUAAUACCAGUCACACAUAUAAACCUAUUCAGAAUAUAUUUAGCCAUACAACCAGUAAAAUCCACUGUUUUGGCUAGAUUUCUUUCUAUCAGUUUGUUUUCCUCUGGUUUCUCAUGGCCCUGAGGCUAAAGCGAAGGCGAGAACUGAGCACACUGAGGACUGAGGAGAGCAGAGCACGCUGGAGAUCGACUGUUAUCACCGUGUGCUGUGUGCUAGUGAUACUAGCGACCUUGAUAGUGGGGUUGUAUUUUACCGUUAAGAUGGUGAAUAGCAAGUUUUUCUUCUGCUCUGGCUCACUGAGGUUCAUUUCAAUAGAAAAGGCAUGUGAUGGAAAGGCUAACUGUGCAGGCGGUGAGGAUGAAAUCAAAUGUGUAUCCAAACUGCGGACCAAUGACACGUAUCCAGUGCGGCUGAUGGGGGACAGACUGGUCCUGCAGGUGUUUAAUAAUGAGGGUGGAUGGAGAACAGUGUGUGCUGAUAACUGGAGGACAAAGCACACGCGCUUGGCCUGUCAACAACUGGGCUAUACAGUGAGUCCACGAAGUGCACGAGUCCCGGUAAGGAGUCUGCUCUUCAGCCCUCAAGAUGCAUUUGCUACAGUCAGCAAAAACUCCACACACUCUGACAUCCAGAGUUUCCUCUCAGUCAGUGACAGAUGUUUCUCUGGCUCAGUGGUGUCUGUGUCCUGCUCAGACUGUGGAGAGGUGGUGGGAGAGGACCGUAUUGUUGGUGGGCUGGACACCGCAGUCGAACACUGGCCGUGGCAGGUUAGUCUUCAGUGGAACCACCAGCAUGUUUGCGGAGGAGCAUUACUGUCCAAGUACUGGGUCAUAUCAGCUGCUCACUGUUUCACAGGCCGGACACGAGAGCUGAGUCGAUGGACUGUGGUGUUGGGUCAGACCGAAGUGGUGGGAUCCAGGGGUGUCAGCGUGGAGACGAUUGUUGUCCACAAUAACUACAGUAGCUUGAGUAAUGACUUUGACAUCGCUAUGCUAAAACUCACUUGGCCUGUCACUGUUGGGGACUCAAUCUUGCCAGUUUGUUUACCCCCACACCAGCUGUCUAUGAAGGAGAUGCUUGUGGUGACUGGAUGGGGAUUGCUCAAGGAGAAAGGUGAGCUGCCCUCUGUGCUGCAGAAAGCUUCAGUGCCCCUGAUUGACAGGUCCGAGUGUUCCAAGCCCUCUGUUUACGGUUCCGCCAUUACUCCCAGAAUGCUUUGUGCGGGAUUCCUCAAAGGAAACAUAGAUGCGUGUCAGGGGGACAGUGGGGGUCCGCUAGUGUACCUUUCAUCUCGUUGGCAGUUAAUGGGUAUAGUGAGUUGGGGAGUGGGCUGUGCACGGGAGGGAAAACCUGGAGUUUACACUGAUGUUAGUCAACUUCUCAACUGGAUAUACACUGUAAUGGAGAGACAGCCAUGAGAAAGUGAACCAUGGACGCAUAACUUCAUGCUUUCGUGACACGGGAGGAAAGACAAAUCUCCUCAGAGAGUACAGAAAUCAAUGUUCUUGAAUCUAGAUAUAGUUCAAUUUUAUAAUUAUUUUGACAUAUGUCAAAAUAUCAUGCUUUUUUUUCUCACUAUUCACAUUUCCUGUAAGUCUACUGUAUGUUCAUUCUAAAGCUGUUAAAGUACUUUAAGUGUUUUAAUUUUUUUUUUCUGACCAACAGCGUUUAGAAAGCAAAAAAUAAAUACAAUAAAGCUUUUACUUGAUGCAUUUACUAAUCCAGCACACAUCACAACCUUUGUUUUAUCUAAAACAUUUUAUUUUAGUUGCUUCUUAUUAUAAAGAAAUACAAUAUGCAUGAUUGUGCAGUCGAAUGGGGAAUAACAGGCCUGCACACUGGCUUAAGGAAACAAUGGGAUCAAAAAUUCUGGAUUAUGGGCUGAGUGGAGCAUCUAUGAUACAGCAUGUGUUUUGCAUUCAGUUUUACAGAGACUGAUGUCAAACAAUGUCUACUAUGUAUUGUGUUGAGCUGAGCUGAGUUCGACUAUCAGGAUUGAUGUUCCAAAUUCCAAGUUUGUCAUUUUCCAAACAGUACUCCUCAGGCAGUGUUUCUUCUGACUCUGUGGACUUUUGAGUCCUUCAGGCCUCUAUUCCCCUUGGUCUUACAUUUUUGUCUCAAAAGUCUGGUGUAGCUCAGUCUUCAUAAAGCAUCUGAAUGUAUCUGAUUCAGUUAAAAAAAACUAUUUGUACAUUUUACUAGUUUGGGUUGAUCAAUUUAAGAUAUUUCCCCAUCCAUCUGAGUGAUUUAAAAGAUUAACUGAAGAAAAUCAAACCAGCUAUCCACCUUUUAACUGGUUUCUCCCACAUCCUCUAUUAUUGCACUGUCUCAGGCAUUUCCUCAUUCAGGUUUUCCACAAAGCUUCACAAGUUUAGAAUCACAGGUUGUGUGAACAGACAUGCACAAUAUCACAAUAGUUAUGUUUCUGGCAUGCAAUGAAAUUUUUUUUUUUUUUUUUUUUUUUUUUUUUGAGGUCUCGGACAGAAAUUCGCUUUAAAUUCCAAUGUCAAAA